AAACACCAAAAUACCCUCGGAAGAAAAAGAGUGGAAGAAGAAGACGCCUUACCAGCCGUCAUCUGCCUCACCGGCCAUCCUUCCCACUUCUUCCUCUGCCGUGGCGUCUUCUUUGCCCACAAGGUCUGGGCAAUGCCUUGCUCUGCAAUCGGCGGUGCUGGCGGAGGCGGUGGCGACGGUAAUGGUGCUCUGACCAAUUUCAAGCUGAAUAAGUACACGUUCUUGGCCUCCCUCAUGCCUAAGAAAGAAAUUGGCGUCGAUCGAUUUAUCGAUGCGCAUCCCAACUACGACCGCCGCGGCGCCCUCAUCGCUAUCUUGGAUUCUGGAGUGGAUCCAGCUGCUUCUGGAUUACAAGUUACAUCUGAUGGAAAGCAGAAAGUCCUAGAUGUUCUUGAUUGCACCGGGAGUGGCGAUGUUGAUACUUCCAAGGUAGUCAAGGCCGAUGACAACGGUUGUAAUCGUGGAGCUUCAGGUUUGUUUUUUGAUCUAUCUGUGUGUAUGCAUGUAUGUACUUCUCUUUUUAUUAUUGUUUAGAACAGGAAACAGACACUGCAACAAAGUGUCUAAAUUCAUGGAACAAGAAACAGCCAUUGUAUUGCAGUGUCUGAAUCCAUAAACCUAUUUGAAUCUCAAUACACAAUCAUAGAACAAGAACACUGCAACAAAAUGUCUAAAUCCAUAGAAUCGAAAACAGACACUGCAACAAACCUAUUUGAAUCUCACUGCACAAUCACAAAAUAGGAAACAGACAUUGCAACGAAGUGUCUGAAUCCACAGAACCGGAAAUAGACACUGCAUUGCAGUGUCUGAAUCCACAAACUUAUUUGAAUAUGAAUGCAUAAUCACAUAAUAGGAAAUAGACACUGCAGCGAAGUGUCUGAAUCCACAAACCUACUUGAAUUCGAAUGCAUAAUUACAGAACAGGAAACAGACACUGCAUUGUAGUGUCUGAAAAAUGAAGGUUGAAGGUGGUGGGAGGCGGGAGAGGUUGAAGUAAUGGAGGUUGAAGGUGGGUGGGAGGCGGGGAGGUUGAAGUUUGAAGGUGGUGGGAGGUGCGAUUUACAAUGAAGGAGAUGGAAAUGUUUGGUGUUUUAAAUGGCAAUGACAUUAUUUGUAAUUUUAAUUUGAUUGAGGUUAAUGUAUCUUAAGGUCUCAUUGACCUAUUUAUAAUUCCAAUAAAUUCGAUUGACCUAUUGUUAA